AGGUGGAGCUAUCAUUCAGAGCUGGCGAACACAUUCUCGUUUUUGGCGAAAUGGAUGAAGAUGGUUUCUUCAUGGGUGAGAUGAAAGGCCAACGUGGGCUCGUUCCAUCAAACUUUCUUGAAGAACUGCCACCUAGUGAGGAAGAUCUAGAUGUGGGAAGUUUGUUUUCAUCAUCGCGAUCCCGGGAUAGUAUGCCGAUUAUAUCAGCACCAUUGACGGAGAAAUUAGAGGCCGAUCCCCAGGUUAGGAAUACUUCUAUAACUGGUGGUGGUAACAGUGGGGAUGGGCAAACAAAUGACUUGUAUGCAUUUGACAGUAAAUGUGAUAGUAAAACUGUUAAUAGCAAAUCUAGUUCUAAGCCAAGGCAUGCUAGACAAUUACCUCAAAAUCGUAGCAAAUCUGAUGUCAAAUCGGGACAAAAUGAUUUAUAUUCGAACAAUGCAGCUCCUAAAGAUUUCUUAACGAAAUCAGAACUAUAUAAACAGACUUAUCACCCUGAUCAAGUACGCCAAAGAGGCAACGGCCAAUCAGAUUCAAAUGAUUCCUACACCGAGUCACCCAAAACUAAUUCUGUUAUCAAUGAUCAAAAAGCUCAAGGUAAAAAACAAAAGUCAAAUGAAGGUCUUAAUCCCAAAAGCAAUAUCAAUCAGUCUAGUUUUGACAAAGAGAGACAAUCAAAAAACAGCUCAAGAAAUUACGACUCGCCAAAACAUUCAAACACUGAACAAAAUAAGCCACUCUAUGAUUUGUUUGGAAACCCUAUUUCUGAAACUUCUUCCAAAUCUCCAUCUAAAAGCAAUAAAUCCACCAAUCAAUUGCCUUAUGAUGAAUUUGGUGAUCCUGUCAAACCAAUAGGAAACAAGCAAGAAUUAGGUAAUCCAAUCAAAUCAAUGGGAAACAAGCAAGAAUAUGAUCAAUUUGGCAAUCCAAUCAAACCAAUGGGAAACAAGCAAGAAUAUGAUCAAUUUGGUAAUCCAAUCAAACCAAUGGGAAACAAGCAAGAAUAUGAUCAAUUUGGCAAUCCAAUCAAACCAAUGGGAAACAAGCAAGAAUAUGAUCAAUUUGGUAAUCCAAUCAAACCAAUGGGAAACAAGCAAGUAUAUGAUCAAUAUGGUAAUCCAAUCAAACCAAUGGGAAACGAGCAAGAAUAUGAUCAAUUUGGUAAUCCAAUCAAACCAAUAGGAAACAAGCAAGAAUAUGAUCAAUAUGGUAAUCCUAUCAAAUCAAUGGAAAACAAGCAAGAAUAUGAUCAAUUUGGUAAUCCAAUCAAACCAAUGGGAAACAAGCAAGAAUAUGAUCAAUUUGGUAAUCCAAUAAAAUCAAUGGGAAACAAGCAAGAAUAUGAUCAAUUUGGUAAUCCAAACAAACCAAUGGGAAACAAGCAAGAUUAUGAUCAAUAUGGUAAUCCUAUCAAACCAAUGGGAAACAAGCAAGAAUAUGAUCAAUUUGGUAAUCCAAUAAAAUCAAUGGGAAACAAGCAAGAAUAUGAUCAAUUUGGUAAUCCAAACAAACCAAUGGGAAACAAGCAAGAUUAUGAUCAAUUUGGUAAUCCAAUCAAAUCAGUUGUUAAUCCAAUCAAACCAAUGGGUAACAAGCAAAAAUUUGAUCAGUAUGGUAAUCCUAUCAAACCAAUGGGAAACAAGCAAGAAUAUGAUCAAUUUGGUAAUCCAAUCAAAUCAGUUGUUAAUCCAAUCAAACCAAUGGGAAACAAGCAAGAAUAUGAUCAAUUUGGUAAUCCAAUCAAACCAAUGGGAAACAAGCAAGAGUAUGAUCAAUAUGGUAAUCCUAUUAAUCCAAUUGAUAACAAGCAAGAAUAUGAUCAAUAUGGUAAUCCAAUCAAACCAAUGGGAAACAAGCAAGAAUAUGAUCAAUAUGGUAAUCCUAUCAAACAAAUUGGAAAUGAAUAUGAUAGAUACAGCAAUCAAAAGACUGACCCUUCUGAUAAACAAUACAAACCUCAAACAAAAUUGGACAAAUAUGGUAACCCUAUCAGGGUGGAUGCUCCUCCUUUGGUGAGACAAUAUGAUGCAUUUGGGAACCCUAUUGCAGCACCUUCACCAAAGACUACACCUUCAGGGAGCAGAUAUGAACAAUAUACUGAGCAAGAGAUCAAUACUAUGUCUCCAAAGACAAAAGCGAAAUAUGAAUCUGUGAGCAUGUCUCCUAAAGGAGCGAGAUCAGGAAAGGGGAGAAAUAAGGAGACAUUUGAGGAUGAGUCAACCAGUAGUGGAUCACCAAAAAAGCAACCAGGCUUGACAAAUGAUACAUUUUAUUCACCAAAAUCAAAUCGACGCGUUUCGGAUGAGCUCCAUGAUUCGUCGUAUGAUUCCCCAGGCUCAAAAACUUCCAAAGGUUUCAAUUCUGAAUAUUCACAUGACUCACCAACUUCCAAAAGAGUACGGAAUAAUGAGACAGAUUAUAAUAAAGAUUCCUCGUAUGAUUCGCCAAAGUCAUAUGAUUCACCAAAAUCAUAUGAAUCGUAUGAGUCCUCGAAAUCAUUUGAUUCUCUCAAAGGUCGUAGAUCUUUGAACCAAGAGCCAAGAGAACUGGAAUAUUAUGAUAAAAGAUCUGGAAGCAAGUCACGUGAUCAUUCAUAUGAUUCGUCAAGAUCCAGAAAUUAUGAUAAUUUUGACUCUCAGAAUCCUGAUCAAUGUUUUGAUUCGCCAAGUCUAAGCAGAAAAAUGAAAGAUUCAAAAUUUGAUCUACAAGGGGAACCUUUAUAUGAACCACAACAGAGAAAAUCUAGAUCAAAAUAUGAUGAAAAUCAAGGUCAAGGUUCAAGGUCAUCCAGUAGAGGUAGAGAUCAGUAUAGUGAAGAGAAGUAUGAUCAGGGUCAAAGGUCAAGGUCAAGAAGAAAAGGAAAUGAAUAUGAUGAUGACUACAAGAGUCAAAGGUCAAAGACUAGAAACAAAUUAGGUGACCCUUAUAAUGAGGAGGAAGUCAAAGGACAGAGGUCAAGGUCAAGUAGCAGAGGGGGAGAUACAUAUUAUGAAGAAGGGCAAGGUCAUAGAUCAAGGUCAAGCAGUAGAAUGGGGGACCCAUAUGAUAAUGAACAGGGUCAAAGAUCAAGGUCACAUAGCAAAAGUGGUGACCCAUAUCAUAAUGAAGGCCAAAGGUCAAGAAAUAAGGAUGAUCCUUAUUAUGAUGAUAGUCGAGGUCAAAGGUCAAGAUCAAGCAGCAGGGGAGGGGAGUCCUAUUAUGAUGAAGAGUCCAGGGGUCAUAGGUCAAGGUCAAGACGUAAAGGAGAGGAUUAUUAUCAAGAUGACAGAGGUUAUCAAGAAGGUCAAACUAGAGACCAGAGGUCAAGAUCAAGGUCAAAUAACCCAGAUAACUAUGAUGAUAAUGGAUAUUCAAAUGACCGAAAGGCUCAUCUAAAUGUUCAACCAGACAUUUCUGAUGAUAAAGGAAAUGGUAAAAAAGUUCAAAUAAUUAGCCCUGAUGCUUCACAAAAGCACGACUCAAACCACCCUAAGUUCGCAAAAAAUGAUCCAGCAUUGAAAUCAUCAAAACAUGAGGCUGAAGUCAUAAAGGCUGUGAGCCAAACAGUCAGUAAUACAAGUACUGAAAACUAUGACAAAAACAUAAGUGGGAUGGUGCAAGUGUAUAAACCAUCAUUGGGAAUCGAUCCAAACUCAAUGGCAGCAAAAACCACAGCAAAGAUCCUCUCACCAUUGAAUAAUACGGUAAAUACAGUAGAUCAGACCAAGAAGCCAAAAAGGCCGAGGUUGUAUACAAAACUUGAGGCUGUAUCUUAAGAAAUCCAAAAAAGGCAGAGGUUAUAUACAAAUAUUGAAGCUGUAUCUUAAGAAUUCCAAAAAGGCCAAGGCUAUAUACAAAACUUGAGGCUGUAUCUUAAGAAAUCCAAAAAAGGCAGAGGUUAUAUACAAAUAUUGAAGCUGUAUCUUAAGAAAUCCAAAAAAGGCAGAGGUUAUAUACAAAUAUUGAAGCUGUAUCUUAAGAAAUCCAAAAAAGGCAGAGGUUAUAUACAAAACUUGAGGCUGUAUCUUAAGAAUUCCAAAAAGGCCAAGGCUAUAUACAAAACUUGAAGCUGUAUCUUAAGCAUUCCUUUAAGAAUUCCAAAAGGCCAAGGUUAUAUACAAAACUUGAGGCUGUAUCUUAAGAAUUCUAAAAAAGGCAGAGGUUAUAUACAAAUAUUGAAGCUGUAUCUUAAGAAUUCCAAAAAGGCCAAGGCUAUAUACAAAACUUGAAGCUGUAUCUUAAGCAUUCCUUUAAGAAUUCCAAAAGGCCAAGGUUAUAUACAAAACUUGAGGCUGUAUCUUAAGAAUUCUAAAAAAGGCAGAGGUUAUAUACAAAUAUUGAAGCUGUAUCUUAAGAAUUCCAAAAAGGCCAAGGCUAUAUACAAAACUUGAAGCUGUAUAUUAAGCAUUCCUUUAAGAAUUCCAAAAAGGCCAAGGUUAUGUUUUUUAACAUGUCACUUGAGAAGUCAACCCAACUCUUGGAAGAACUAAUCUUCUAUUUUAUGUAUUAAUAAUAUUAGGGAUUUUUGGCUAACCUUUGUUCGUUUGAAAGAAGUAACAAAUUAAAAAUACUAAGUCCCCAAAUCUAAACUUUAAACCGUGAACGACAUAUGUACAAUGUAUAUACACAUGUAACAUACCUGUACCUCUAAAACCUUUGUUUUAUAUUUACAGUUUAUACAAGUUGAAAUUGAAAUGUUAUUUUGAAUAAUCCAUGUUACAUUAAUGAAAUCAAUAAAUGAGCAACAUUGGAAACAAAAAACAGAUUUAUCCCUUUUAAACAAAUGUACCAUUUAAUACCAAUUAAAAAUGUUAUCUAUAUCUUACAUUAACUAAAUAAUUUCCCUCGUUUUAGGACACGUGACAUGUAUGAGUUUGAGUUUGAAAUAAUUUAAAAGGUAUUAACUUUUUUUUAAAACUUCAACUUCUAUACUUAAUAUGAUAUUUUACUUUAUUAACAUGCUGGCUUUAUUAACAUGCUGGCUUUGAUGAAUCCUAGCAUUUCAUGUUAGCAACAUAGAAAAAAUCUAAUUCACCAAUUUCUUAAAAAUUCAGCAAUUUUUCCUGUACAACUUACUGUAUUUGUUCCUAAUUUGGCGCCUGCUUAAAUUUGGUAGAUUUGAUAAUUUCAACAAAUUAGACAGGCAAAGAUUUUCAACAAAAAUGCCAAAUUGAGAACAAAAAGAGUAACAAAAUACAUGUAGAGCUCACUCUAGAAGUUUAUAUAACACUUUUCUUCAAAGUUUUUUGUUUGAAAUAACAUGUUUGAUAACUUACACAUUGGCUUAUAGGUUGUAGAACCUAGAUUUAUACUAAUUUAUGAACAAGAUAGAGACUUAGCAAUACAAUUCAAACAUAUAAAAGAAGUUUUAAGCAUAUUAAUUAAAAAGUAUGUAGGUCUAUGCUACAAUAUAGAUUUAAGUGAUUUUUUAAUGAAAAUAUUUUUUAUGAGAUUUGUCUCAUCUUGAAAAAAUCCAAUGAUAAUUAACAAAAACAUUUAUUUAUUUAUUAAUACAUUGUAUAUUCAUCAAAACUUAUAUUUCCUAUGGAAAAUAGCACAAUUUUUACUCUCUUCUUUAUAAAUCAUAUAUAUAAUUAAAAUAAAUAAUUAAAAUAAAUAAUUAAAAAACUGAUCACUUUGACCUAUGCAGCAUUGAAAUUAAUAAUUUUCUCAAAUUAGUUUUUUAGUUUAUUUCAUAUAUUAGCUAUUAGUACAUGUUAAUUUAACAUGUUAAUUUUAACAUGUUCAAAAUGUGAGGGGAAUAAUGACCAGGAAUGGGGUCAAACUUGUUAACCCUUCUGGGUCCAAAUAUUUCCAGAAAUAGGAUCUAAAAUUUUAACAUUUUCAUGACCAAGAAUAGGGCAGGACCUAACCUGUUAACCCUUCUAGGUCCAAAAUUAUUCUCAAAUCAAAAUUUUCCUAUCAACCUUUACAUGUUUCAGAGUAAAAAAAAUACAUUAAACAAAAUUUUUCUCAUAUAGCUGAAGCCCACACAUUUUUCACUUAUAUACAGAACCAGAUUUUUUCAAAAAAUCCUCAGUUUACAUCUAAAAGCUAAAUAUUUCACAAAUAUAAAUGUAACUUAAUUACAAAACAAUGCACAUUUAAAACGUCAAAAUUCAGUUAUAUUAAAGACAUAUAUUAUUCAUAUGAUUGACACAAUCUGUAUGCUUCAAUUUUCACUAUUCUUCAAUUGUACAAAUCAACACAGUGUAAAUAGUGUAAAUAUAUAGUGUAAUUUUCAAAUAGUGUACAGUCCACUAGUGUAUAUAGUAUUUUAAGAACACAAAUGUAUAAAAAUGUAAAUGUAAAUAUACUAGACUUGAAUAAAGAAUAGGACGUGACUACUAUGAUGCAAUAAAAA